AUGUCCAUGUUGUCGUGCCGUGUGUUCUGUCUGUUGGCCAUUGUGUUCUGCUGUGUGGGUGUGACUCAUGCGAACUAUGUUCAACACACCUCUUACAUGUAUAUGAAAGCACAAUUGGUUGUGCAUGAAACUCCUAAACGGAAACUUAACUGCGAGAAAGCCAGCAAGGACGCUCAAGAGGCCGCCCAAAAUGCCAACAAUUUUGCUACUGAAAUUGAGAAUAAUCUCAAAACUCUCACUGCAAACUCGACGGAAGUGGAGCAGAAGAAGACUGAAGGUCGUGAACUCAUCAAAAAAGCAGAGGAAUCAGCAGAGAAGGCAAAAAAAGAGGCCACAAAUACAGUCCGUGCAACUGACACCAGGGAUAUCUCGGCUUUUGAAAAAGAAAGACUCCAUUACGAACUUCAGAAGGACAAAUUUCGUAUUAUGAUAAGAACUUUUAAUGAAGCCAUCCAAGCGGUUAAAGAUGCAAAGAAAGCGGCAGAUGAUGCUGAAAGUCAUGCCGACGAUGCGAAAGAGGCUGCUAAGCGUGUGAGGGAUGUCAUUAAGAAACUUGAGGCCGCCGUUUCUCCUGCCAAGGAGAAGAAGAAGGACGAACUGACGAAACAGGUGGAGUCUCAGCCAAAGGAACAGACAAUGGAUACAUUUUUUGCUGACCAGCAAGGCCAUACAGAAGGAAAUAAAACGUUGCAAUCACAAGAACAAAUGCAGGAGCCAACGAUUACGAAGACGCCACCGCAAAGAAAUGCAGGCAGUGUUACUGUAGGUGCACACGAUACCAGGGGUUUAAUCAACACAGGGGAUGUGAAUGGAAAACAUAUGGUGGAGAAAAACUAUAUCGAUACGGAAGAAAGGAAGACCUCAGUGCAUCAUCAUGACGAGGAGGGAGGUUCACGACAGACAGUUGGACAAAUGAAGAGUGGACAUAUUACGACAAAGAAAGAAAACAAACCCUUCCCACAUCAAAGAAAGCAAACACAGGAAGAGGGAGCUGAGAAAACUCAUACCUCCGUUAAGAUGGAGGAACUAAAAGAACUACAAACUGUACCUCCUCAUGCUGCUGAUGCAUAUGAGAAAAGGACGGAUACGAUGGAAGGAGAGAACACCUCCGAGCAUCAUCAAGCACAGGAGAAAAAGGAAGAGGAGCAUAACAGUACGGAUCAACGACCACAUGGAAGAAGUGAGGCAAGAGAGAUGACUGAAGUUUUACACACACCACCGACACCAACGCAACAAGGAGACCUAUCAGAGAACCAGACUCACAGUGGCAGGGUAUUGCAACAAACUCAGUCUCUUUCUUACCCUCGUUCUUCUUCUGAUGCUCCUAAUAUUCGUGAAAUGGCUGCCAAUGCUCUUCUCAAGAGUGAUGCACUCGCCAAGGCAGUCCAACAACUGGACGGCAGCAGCAGCCCUGCGUUACUGCGUGUUCCACUCCUGUUGCUGCUGCUGCUCUCUGUGCUGGGCUGCAUGACCGUGUGCUGA